AUGGCGCCUCAAAAACAUGUCGCGGAUGUCCCGCGCAAUAUCCUUCCCCGCCUGACUUGGAACAGCUCCUCUUCGCGUCCAUCCGUUACCAUCACCCACCAUCCCGCGCUUGCAACAAGUCAAAGACGACCACUCCCUCAAAACUGGAGUCCUUUAAAGCGACGAUUCCACUCCCUGAGCACACCUCCCCAGUCUUCCCGGCUCAUCUCCACAUCAUCCCGGGAUGCUAUCUCCGGAUAUCUUGUUUCCCGAGGAACCUCUAUAACCACGCCGGCAACGUCGAACAAAACCCACCGCGGCAAUCCGAUCCGACAUGAUGGCGUCUAUGUGGCUACCUAUCAUCCCGCUCGCCGCGCCUUUCACGCGACACCAGUCCGACCCCGCGAUCAUCACUUCGAUACCCUGAAAUUCGUGAAGCGCCUACAGGAGGAGGGCUUCAGCGAGGAGCAGUCCGUAGCAAUGAUGCGGGUAUUGAACGAUAUCAUUCAAGAGUCAAUCCAGAAUCUGACCAGGACAAUGGUCCUCCGGGAAGACUCGGAGCGAUCAACUUAUACACAAAAAGUGGACUUUGCCAAAUUGCGCUCCGAACUACUCAACGCCGACUCGACUGAGGCACAAUUGACCCGUUCAGAGCACGAGAAGAUCUCAGCAGACCUCGCCAAACUCAACUCCCGACUGCGGGAUGAGAUUGGACGAACACAAGCCUCAGUCCGGUUGGAUCUGAACCUUGAGAAGGGUCGGAUUCGUGAGGAGGCAAAUAGCCAAGAAAUGCGUAUCAAGGAGACUGAAACGCGAAUUGAGCAGGAGGUUGCUGGAUUAAGGGAACGAGUGGAGGCUGUCAAGUUCUCGACGUUGCAGUGGCUCAUGGGUGUCUGUACCGGUACUGCGGCCCUUAUUCUUGGUGCCUGGCGCUUGUUUAUGUGA